AUGAGCGACAGUGGCAUUGUUCGGGACGACGCUUUCCCAAAGAAGACGGUGCGCUGCAACCUGUGGCCUUGCAACGUUGCAGAAGAGGAGGGAGAGAAGGGUGCUUGCCCCUUCAUGAAAUGCCAGCGCUGUGAAGAGGUGCUCUAUUGUUGUAAAGACCAUCAGAUGGUGGAUUGGAGUCAGCAUAAACUCGUUUGCGAGGCGCCGUCUUAA